AUGGCGCCCUCGGCUCUCACCUCCCAAGGGAGCCCGUCGAUCCCCGAACCCGCAAAGCCACAGCAACCCACUCCAGAAACGUCCCAGGAAGCUACCUCGCCCACGGUCUCACUUUCCGAAGAGAAUUUCGCCCUUAAGCAGCGCCUUGCUCAGUAUGAACUAGCCAAGAAGCACCUUGUCGAAGAAGUCGCGGAUGGGAAGCAAAGAGUCAUUGAUGCCGCGAAGCGUGCUACUGCCGCCGAAAUCGAAACGAAAGCAGCAAAGGCACGCGCUCAAAACCGCUAUACAGAGAAGAUGCACGCCAAUAACGAGAACCGUCACCUAAAGAAAAGAAUCGAUACGAUGGACAAGGAGCGUGCGGACUUCAUUGUUGGUGUUAAUAGCAUUCUUCAGGGUCGCGACGAGAUGAUAGCUAAGCUCGAGGAAGAAAAGGCUAGUGGAGAAUGUUCUAAAGAAGAACUCAUUGAGAAGUUCACAAAGCAGGUGGAUGUCUUUCAACAGGGCUACCUCGCGUCUGAACGUGAUAAAGAGAAGGAUAAACGUGAUAGAGAGGCGGAGAAACGUGAAAGAGAGGCGGAGAAAAAGGUGUCUGAUAAGAUCAUUGGCCAGCUUAAAUCCGACAGGGACACGCAGGGCAACGUCAACAAAGAUCUGAAGAGCGUGAUCGCACAAUUACGACAAGAAAUCGCCACGGAGAAAGAGAAAUCGAAAGCCGCAGCCGAUGCGUCGACCAUGGCUCGCGUCGCUGCUGCCAAGGCUGAUGGGUUCAAAGAAGCCACCAUAGCAAAGCAGAGUGAGAACGCUGAGUACCGAAAGACAAUAGAAGAAAAGGCGACCGCACAUGUCGCAUGGAUGAAGAAGGGCAUUGAGACGAAAGCGAAAGAGCACGUACAGAAAAGAGAGGCUGAAUGGCGUUCAGAGCAGACUAGUCUCAUACAGAGGGCUUCUGCAGCUGAAGCUGCGCUGAGUGCUGCCAAUACCAAGCUUGCGAUAGCCCAGCAACGGCCUACAGCAGCAUCAGUAUCGCACCCUGUGCCAAACGAUGCUCAGAGGCCUCCCAAACGGAGCCAACCGACUUCUUCGCAGGGAGCAUUCGACUCUAACAAGCGAAGGAAGCUUGACGCAGCUGGUGCUGCCGGUAUCACUACACCAGACUUCAAGCGUACGCACUCGAACUCACUUCCCUCUGAUACCAAUGCCAUGAGCCCUUUGUCAACCACAUGGUCAAACGGCAAUACUAUCAUGGGCGACACACAAAUGCAGAGGCAAGCUCGACAUGUCGCACCCAAUGGCAUGUAUGGACGAAGCUCGUCACAGCAGUCGAAUGGCUCAGCAGGGCAGAUGGCACCCGCCCGGCGUCCUUCUCAACAGCCUGGUGCCAUGAUGGCCGCGCCUCCAGGACGCACACCCAGCAACAUGUCACCCCAGCAGCAGCGACACUUGAUGCAGAACUUGGCUGCGGGUAACGCCGGCAGUCAAUCACCUAGAUUCCCUCAACAUAACUUAGGCCUGAUGCGCACAUCUCCGCAGGUCGGUCGACAGAUGGGAAGUGGUCAGCAUAUGACCAAUCAGGCCGGGAACAUGAACUCGUACGACGGAGACUUAAUGAUGCAACAGAUGCAGCGAGAUGCUCAGUCGCAAAUUCGGUCACAGAUGUCGACACCGGCGCAUGGGUCUAUGAGACGUACACCUUCGUACGGCUCAGCUUCUUCUGUGGCGUCGCCUCGACCUCACGUCGCGCAACACUCUUCGAGUCAAUUUGCACCCCCCACUGGGCAAAACUGGAAUAUGAGGCAGAACUUUGAGCAGCAGAACUUAUCAACAAAUGGUACGAACCAGAGAGUGGCGGGAAACUACGCUCCCAUCAUGGAAGAGUUGGAUUCGAAUUUUGCCUUCGACGUUAACGCACUUACGGGAGAUGUUGGUGCUGCUUACGUUGGUUCUCAGCCAAACCUCGGAGACACAUAUGAUGUCAGCGAUUGGUUUCCCACAGAAGAUAACAACACUCAAACGGCCUUCAACUCGACUCUCCCUUCGAAUGGAACGCCUCCGAUGCACCAAGCCGACUUCCAGCAGCCUCAACAGCGCAGCUACCAAACCCAUUCACGCAAUCACUCACAACCGUACGAGAGUGGUUCAAGAGACAUGUCUCACGGGUCCGAGAGCCUGCAGAAUGAGCCCACCAUGGACAUGAGCAGGAACGGUUCACGCCAGCCUUCUGUUUCGGGACGAGCGACUCGAGCUUCUUCCCGCUCUACACCUGGACCUUCUGCACCUUCUGGACGAUCGAGGCGCAAGACGCCAGGUCCGGCGGAGCCGACCCGAGUCCCAUGUGUGAACUGCUACCGUCACUGGUGGGAAGGCGAAUGCGACGAAGGCGCGCCAUGCUCAAACUGUGCUGCAUCAGGAACCAAAUGUGUGCGGCAGAAAUGCUUCAACUAUGCUGCCGGCACUUGCGAUAAGGGCUAUAGGUGUCCCAACGUACACGAAGGAGACGAGAGUUACCAGAACGAGGAGUUCCUUGUAGCCCAGACCAAGGCGGGCAAGCGGCCUUCACGUUUGGGUACGAAGGCGGACGCGAAGCCGGCGCCGAGCCAGGGUUAG